CAGCGCCGUGCACGCGACUCUGCCAGGGCAGUGCGGGGUGCGGGUUUGGGGGCGGGGGAGGGGUGGACGCGCGCGCCAGCAGCCUGCUGUGAGUCGCGCACGCGCGUCCGGGACUGCCUGCCCCUCUCUGUGACUUGCGUGUAUGUGUAUGUGUGUGUGUGUACGCGCGCGCGCGAGAGAGGAGAGAGAGAGAGGGGAGAGAGAGAGAGAGAGGGAGAGAGAGAGAGAGAGAGAGAGAGAGAGAGAGACUCUGAGAGAGAGAGAGACUGAGAGAGGGAGAAGAGAGCGCGAGAGAGGGUGAGUGUGUGUGAGUGCAUGGGAGGGUGCUGAAUAUUCCAAGGCACUGGGACCACAGCGGCAGCUCCGCUGAAAACUGCAUCCAGCCAGUCCCCUGGACUUCAGGAGCAGGGACAGGGCGCAGGGCACCAGCAGCCACCAGCAGGACCUGGGAAAUAGGAAUUCUUCUGCCUCCACUUCAGGGUUGUAGCAGCUUGGUGCUAAAUUGCUCUUUCAAAAUGCGGAGGAUCUAAUUUGCUGAGGAAAACGGCCAAAGAAGGAAGAGGAGGAAAAGGGGGAAAAAGGGGGAUAUUUUGUGGAUGCUCUACUUUUCUUGGAAAUGCAAAAGAUUAUGCAUAUAUCUGUCCUCCUUUCUCCUGUUUUAUGGGGACUUAUUUUUGGUGUCUCUUCUAACAGCAUACAGAUAGGGGGGUUAUUUCCCAGGGGCGCCGAUCAAGAAUACAGUGCAUUUCGGGUAGGGAUGGUUCAGUUUUCCACUUCGGAGUUCAGGCUGACACCGCACAUCGACAAUUUGGAGGUAGCAAACAGCUUCGCAGUCACCAAUGCUUUCUGCUCCCAGUUUUCAAGAGGAGUCUAUGCCAUUUUUGGAUUUUAUGACAAGAAGUCUGUAAACACCAUCACAUCAUUCUGUGGGACACUCCAUGUCUCCUUCAUCACGCCCAGCUUCCCGACUGAUGGCACGCACCCAUUUGUCAUUCAGAUGAGACCUGACCUCAAGGGAGCCCUGCUUAGCUUGAUUGAAUACUACCAGUGGGACAAGUUUGCAUACCUCUAUGACAGUGACAGAGGCCUAUCAACACUGCAAGCUGUGCUUGAUUCUGCGGCUGAAAAGAAAUGGCAAGUGACUGCUAUCAAUGUGGGCAACAUCAAUAAUGACAAGAAAGAUGAGACCUACCGAUCACUUUUUCAAGAUCUGGAGUUAAAAAAGGAACGGCGCGUAAUCCUGGACUGUGAACGCGACAAAGUCAACGACAUUGUAGACCAGGUUAUCACCAUUGGAAAACAUGUUAAAGGGUACCAUUACAUCAUUGCAAAUCUGGGAUUUACUGAUGGAGACCUAUUAAAAAUUCAGUUUGGAGGCGCAAAUGUCUCUGGAUUUCAGAUAGUGGACUAUGAUGAUUCCCUUGUGUCCAAGUUCAUAGAGAGAUGGUCGACACUGGAAGAAAAAGAAUACCCGGGAGCACACACAACUACAAUUAAGUAUACUUCUGCUCUGACCUAUGACGCUGUUCAAGUGAUGACCGAAGCUUUCCGCAACCUACGGAAGCAGAGAAUCGAAAUCUCCCGAAGGGGGAAUGCAGGAGACUGUCUAGCCAACCCAGCAGUCCCCUGGGGACAAGGUGUAGAAAUAGAAAGGGCCCUCAAACAGGUUCAGGUUGAAGGUCUCUCAGGAAAUAUAAAGUUUGACCAGAAUGGAAAAAGAAUAAACUAUACAAUUAACAUCAUGGAGCUCAAAACUAAUGGGCCCCGGAAGAUUGGAUACUGGAGUGAAGUGGACAAAAUGGUUGUUACCCUUACCGAGCUACCUUCUGGAAACGAUACCUCUGGCCUUGAGAAUAAAACCGUGGUUGUCACUACAAUUUUGGAAUCACCCUACGUUAUGAUGAAGAAAAAUCAUGAAAUGCUUGAAGGCAAUGAGCGCUAUGAGGGCUACUGUGUUGACUUGGCUGCAGAAAUCGCCAAACAUUGUGGGUUCAAGUACAAGCUGACGAUUGUUGGGGAUGGCAAGUAUGGGGCCAGGGAUGCAGACACGAAAAUUUGGAAUGGGAUGGUUGGAGAACUUGUGUAUGGGAAAGCUGAUAUUGCAAUUGCUCCAUUAACUAUUACCCUUGUGAGAGAAGAGGUGAUUGACUUCUCAAAGCCCUUUAUGAGCCUCGGGAUCUCUAUCAUGAUCAAGAAGCCUCAGAAGUCCAAACCGGGAGUGUUUUCAUUUCUUGAUCCUUUAGCCUAUGAGAUCUGGAUGUGCAUUGUUUUUGCCUACAUUGGGGUCAGUGUAGUUUUAUUCCUGGUCAGCAGAUUUAGCCCCUACGAGUGGCACACUGAGGAGUUUGAAGAUGGAAGAGAAACACAAAGUAGUGAAUCAACUAAUGAAUUUGGGAUUUUUAAUAGUCUCUGGUUUUCCUUGGGUGCCUUUAUGCAGCAAGGAUGCGAUAUUUCGCCAAGAUCCCUCUCUGGGCGCAUUGUUGGAGGUGUGUGGUGGUUCUUUACCCUGAUCAUAAUCUCCUCCUACACGGCUAACUUAGCUGCCUUCCUGACAGUAGAGAGGAUGGUGUCUCCCAUCGAGAGUGCUGAGGAUCUUUCUAAGCAAACAGAAAUUGCUUAUGGGACAUUAGACUCUGGCUCCACUAAAGAGUUUUUCAGGAGAUCUAAAAUUGCAGUGUUUGAUAAAAUGUGGACCUACAUGAGAAGUGCAGAGCCCUCUGUGUUUGUGAGGACCACAGCCGAAGGGGUGGCGAGAGUACGGAAGUCCAAAGGGAAAUACGCCUACUUGUUGGAGUCCACAAUGAAUGAGUACAUCGAGCAAAGGAAGCCUUGCGACACCAUGAAAGUUGGUGGAAACCUGGAUUCCAAAGGCUAUGGCAUCGCAACACCUAAAGGAUCUUCAUUAAGAACCCCAGUAAAUCUUGCAGUAUUGAAACUCAGUGAGCAAGGCGUCUUAGACAAGCUGAAAAACAAAUGGUGGUACGAUAAAGGUGAAUGUGGAGCCAAGGACUCUGGAAGUAAGGAAAAGACCAGUGCCCUCAGUCUGAGCAACGUUGCUGGAGUAUUCUACAUCCUUGUCGGGGGCCUUGGUUUGGCAAUGCUGGUGGCUCUGAUUGAGUUCUGUUACAAGUCAAGGGCCGAGGCGAAACGAAUGAAGGUGGCAAAGAAUGCACAGAAUAUUAACCCAUCUUCCUCGCAGAAUUCACAGAAUUUUGCAACUUAUAAGGAAGGUUACAACGUAUAUGGCAUCGAAAGUGUUAAAAUUUAGGGGAUGAUCUUGAAUGAUGCCAUGAGGAACAAGGCAAGGCUGUCAAUUACAGGAAGUACUGGAGAAAAUGGACGUGUUAUGACUCCAGAAUUUCCAAAAGCAGUGCAUGCUGUCCCUUACGUGAGUCCUGGCAUGGGAAUGAAUGUCAGUGUGUGACUGAUCUCUCGUGAUUGAUAAGAACCUUUUGAGUGCCUUACACAAUGGUUUUCUCGUGUGUUUAUUGUCAAAAUGGUGAGAGGCAUCCAGUAUCUUGAAGACUUUUCUUUCAGCCAAGAAUUCUUAAAUGAGUGGAAUUCAUCUUGAAUCGUAAGGAAUGGUUAAUUAAAAACACAACAUCCUUUUCUACUCCGGUUCCAGACGAAGCGCGGUGGACGUGCACAGCUGACAUGGGAGUACUGUAAUCUAACUGAAACCUUUGUACAGACGACACACCCGUUUCUGCAGCCACUAUUGUUAGUCUCUUGAUUCAUAAUGACUUAAGCACACUUGACAUCAACUGCAUCAAGAUGUGACAUGUUUUAUAAGAAAAAGAAAAAAAAACUUAAAAUUAAAAAAAAUAUUUUUAGGUAUUUUCACAAAUGAACUGGCUUUUAAAUAAAUUUGCUUCCAUAUUGGUUGGAGAAGACAAAAAACAAGUUAAGCUAAGUGGGAAGUGAUUAUCAAGGCUUUAGGUAUCAGUUCCGUAUUUUCCAAAGCCAAAUAUGUAAAUGCUAAGGAAAGAAAACAAAGAGAGAUUCAAACCUUGUAAUUUAAUAUUGUUAUUAAAACUUUAAUGUAUCCUAUUCUUUAACAUUUGGUGUUAAUAUAAAAUUACUUGGCAAUGCUUGACAUUUGAAAUAAACAUUUUUCUAUUGUUUUAUUUGCAAGGGGUCCAGUUAAUUUUGCUUAGCUACAGUUUGGUCAUAAAACAAGUGAGUUUAAAGACAAAUUGUUAGGUUCCCAGAGAAAAUUGCCCCUUUUUAAGAAAAGAAGGCCAGGUGGUAUUUAAAGUAUAAACUUGUCCCAAAACAACAUCUGAACUCGUUUUUUAGUCUGUCUUACUAUGUAUAAAGAUAUAUUUAAUGUAAAGCAUUUAAUCUAUGUAGAUAAAUGCUAAUAGUUAAAAAAGCUGAUUUAAAAAUAUCCAAAUAUUCAGAAUAUGUGAGGUUCCAUUUUAAAGUGUUUGAGCUUGCAGAAGAAAAGUAUUAGUUGUACAUGAAGUUAGAAAUGCCUUGGAAGUAGUUUUUUAGAUAGUUGCCCAUUACUCAAACUCCAUAAACUAAUCUAAGUUUUUCUUUUUAAAAGUAGAGCUGUCAUAAGCCUUAGAUAUUAUAAAUAACUUGAGCACUUUGAAUCACCGGCAAAAGAGUUUCUUCCCAUUGCCAUCAAUAAACACAACCCUAACAUAUUUUUUUAUACCCAUUCCUCAAGUGGAAUAUCUAUUUUAAUAUGCCCAGUGUGGAUAAAAUGCUAUGCUUCUGUAAAUUUCGACUACAGAACUUAUAUUUCUCUAGUUAAAAAAUUUAAAGGAACUAUCUUCCCUUCAAAAAAAGAUCAUUUAUUUUCAUUAAGCUUCCUAAAAUAAAAUGAAUUUAGGGUUUUAAAAAAUUACUAACAUCCAAUAGUUAUUUUUAAUAUUUUCAUUCUUGUUAUUUCUGCAAGUAAGCCUUUGUGUAGCACUUGGUGUUCACCUGAGUGCUCUGAAAACACACUUACCACAUUUCACAGAAGGGAAAGAGAAAUGUAAGGUUUCAUAGCAACCGUUUCCGUCAAACACAGUGACACGUGGCAUGGGGGCAUGCUUCACUAAAUUCAGCUGUCCCUUAUCACAAAUCAGAAGAUAAUGCAGUAUAACUUAGUGCACUUCUCCUCAUCAGGAAUGUUGGAGGUGCCAUUUAAGUUUUAAUAAUAAAUGCUAGAAUGACCAAAUUGCAGACUAAUUGUUUCCGUAUUGUACUUAAAAUGAGUUUUUAAAAAUAAAAAGAUGACUAUAUACGAUCAAUGCUAUUUAUUGUACCUCUGGGCCUACUCUUCUAAAAAUUGUAGUUUAUUGAAUUUUCUCUGUCAAGCUUGAACUAAUGUAAAUAAUUGAAAUAAUGUAAAGUUAUAUUUUCAUGUUUUUAUAGAUACAACAUGACAAGAAUACAUAAUGUAAGAGUAUUUCCACUAUGGAUCAUGUUGAAUGGAUAAUGCACAUCCCAGUUACAAGCAGUAAUCAUAGUUCAAUACCCAUGUAACGGUGCAUCAAUAUAUUGCUGUAUAAAUAUGUCUGUGUGCAUACAAGUGAAAAGUGGUCAAACAAGAGUGAUGACAGCUGUCUAAGGUUUUUUUAUUCAUUUUAUAUAAAAACUGUUAUGGAAAGACCAAAAUGUUUAUGAACUAUUCUUAUGUAAAUUUACAACUGUCCUCUACUGUACCUUUUUGUUUACAGUAUAGUACCUUAUUUUCUGCUCUGUUAAGUGGGUGUCAUGUUCUGAGGAGACAUACACUUUCUAUAACUUCUAUUGAAGACAUUGGAAUUUCCAGUUUUUCAUGUGUACUAUGUCAGAAAAUGCUUUUGAUUUUAUUUUUAAAUCUAACAUCGGAUGGCUUUUUUUGGAGUGUUGUAAAAACUUCAAUCAUACAUAAAACAUGUUCUUACAAAAGGCAAAGUUCUUUAUUUUUUUUUUACUUCAUAAUUCUUCAAACUAAGAAUGAGAACCCAAAAAGUGUAUUUAAAUUUAUUCCCCAACAAAUCCAGCUACUUCUACUCCACAGUGAUAUGUUUUCUCAGUUUAUAUGUCAGCUAGGUACCAAUGUAACAAAAUAGAAUUAGCUUUCAUUCUUUAGCUAAAAUAAUUGACAUUUUAGCUAUUCCAUACCGACAGUCAUUACGUGCUUUGGGCAUAUGCAGAAACGCCACUGCUGGUGAAUUACAGUUCUUGUGUUAUGUAGAUGCACUCCACUUCUAAAGUGUCAUGCUGAGCUGUCAUCAGCUUCUGCCCUGUAUUGCGCCUGGUUAGCUGCUACUGUAGUAAUACUAAAAAGCAGAAAGGUGACUCUUUAAAAAUCCCAUAACACAUGUUUCAGGCUUAGAUGUUUCAAAAAAUGCCUUCAUUUAUUGUUUUACUGAGCAUAUUAACAACUAAAACUCCUGCAAUUUAUAUUGUCUUUUUACAAAGGUGGUUAAUUUAAUAGGUAGGUAGUUCUUUUUAGGCAUAUUCUAAAAUUAUCAAGACAUUUUAGUUCUUCAAAAUGCACAUUCAAAUGUUUUUUAUAACAUUCUGUGGGCUUUAAUAUAUUUAUUGGGUAACGGAUGAACACACCAAUGCAUCUGCUUAACAAUGGAGUAGUGUUGAUUUUCCUCUCUGCAAAUACUCUAUUAAUAUUUUGGUGGCUGAGGCAGUAAAUUUAGCAACUGAAGAGAAAUAUUAACAAUAUAAUAACCCCACAGGAUAAUUUCAAUACAACACCUUGACAAAACUAUUUAAAGAAACACUGUUGAAACUAUUUAGAAUACAAUACAAUGUGUUUUCCUCCCUUCUGUUCCCUAUCUCAUCACCUCCUAGAGUUAUCAGUCUAGUAAAU